CAAGCAAAUAAUUGCGACGACUGGAGGAGGCGUUCAUUGUUAGCGGAUACCUAUUUGAUUUCCAAGCUGUUUCAAGGUCGCAGUAGCAGAAGCACGGCUUCUUGCACUAUGCCGAGAGGUGGGCUAUUAUGACUGGGGAGCACUUUCCAUUAUGUUACUUCAAUGCGUAAGAGUAUCUUGAUACUCGUUCACUUUUGGCAUUCAGAUAGGUAUCUGCUCUAGAUUAACCGGUCCUCGAAGUUCUCGCUUAUUGGCAUCUCCACGCACUGACGUUCCUUCUUGUUAAAGAAUAUGACUUGUUGGGGUCAGAAUGGAGGUUAAUAGUACUCGCAGGCUGGGACCUACUAUAACAAUCAAGAAAGAAGAUAGCAAAUUUGGCAGAAGCCUAAAGAAGGCCUUCGCUGAUAUGCCUGGAGAUGUCAUAGAGACGGCUUCUUUCUAAUCAUCCGGCAACGUCUUCGAUUUCAUGGGCAUCCGGUCUACAGUGAGCAGAUUACUGUCGCAAUUUUUGAAGGCGCAGGCUUUUGGGCAGGCUCGUUAUAUGCAGAGGAAGCUGAGAACCUAGGUAGUCUUGUUGUUAUCUUGUGAAAUUUAGUUCUUGGUUGAAAAAGCAUUGUUCUUCGACGACGUGACUUAAAAGUAUACAGUCGCCUAUAAUUCAACUAUGACGAAUAUUCGUGAGUACACCUACGCCAUGAAAUUACUAAAUUGAUAUCUGUUUUUAGACUGUAGUAUGCAGUUCUCAGUAGUACACUAGAUUAGUCGUGAGAAAGAAGUACAUAGCUGGCGUUCUAGCAUGAAAGUGGUGCCUAAUAAUAAAAAGCCACUCGCCAUUUAUUGGGUUUUAAAUAACUACCUGACACUGAUCCAAGUGCUGCUCGGUAUGGAUAGAAUCCCCAUCAUGUAGUAAAAACUUAUGUCUACGUAUUUCGAGUAGGUUCUAUUCUGAGAAACAGAGCGCCUGAAAAAUGGUUGACUCAUUUCGACAAAGGCUGCAGGUGCGCAGCCAUCUUACUGAUUAUGGCAUGUUCUUGAUGGAAAUCAUCUACUUCACACGAAGAUAUACUGACGUCGUCAAUUAUUCUGUGCUCAUCUCUUCACUUAUAACUAUUUUACUUCUGGAAGUGUUAGUUUAUUUAAUGAGUAUCGUUGUUAAACGUUCAAGACAGCUGGCACGCUCCUCUUACUUAAACUCAAUAAGAUUGUGAAACUCAGCGUGACCCUUAGGCCCAUGGCUGCCCAGAUUUAGGACCUUCACUGAUGCAGACUUCCGUUGUCCUACAACUUCACUAGGCACGUCUCGAGCUAUCUUCGCCAUCGGCUAUCGUUCAUAUGAACCACUAUAACCCCUUCUCCUCCCUUCUGAUUUAUAUACGGACACUGCUCUACUACAAUAAAUGGCUACACUUGACGCAGAGUCAUUGUUUUUCACCAGAUGGCGACAUUAUUAGCAAGAACUCGUGCACUCAUUCCUUUCACAUAAUACAUCCUCCGCUUUGAAAAUAAUACCAGAAUCCACUCGGUGGAACCAGGAGAGGCUGGAAGCUUGCGCUUUGAAGUUUAUUACCAUCGUUGUGAUCGAUACCGGGUUCGGAUAG